AUGCCUUCCAACCGCGCUGCCUACCAGCCAGCCCAAAAGGCGCCUUCCCUCGAGGUUCGCGAUGCUCCCUACAAGCCCGCUGAUGCCGACAAGAUCGUCAUCCGAACCAACGCCGUCGCUAUCAACCCCAUUGACUGGUUGAUCCAAGCACGAGGCGAUAUCAUGUUCACUCACCUUGCUUAUCCUUUCGUUCUCGGCUCUGACGUUUCCGGUGAAGUGGUUGAGGUCGGCAAGGACGUUAAGCGCUUCAAGGUCGGAGACCGCGUUGUCGGCUUCACCCGUGGAAGCGACCCCAAAGUCAAUGACCCUGCCGAAGGCGGUUUCCAGUUGUACACCGUGCUCCGUCCUAACAUGGUCUCUCACAUUCCCGACAAUGUUUCCUAUGAGGAGGCCUGUGCCAUUCCUCUCGGCAUCGCCACCGCUGCUGCUGGUCUCUUCGAAAAGACCGAAUUGGGCCUCGAUUUGCCUUCUGAGCCCGCCAAGCCCUUCAAUGGCAAGACCGUCUUGAUCUGGGGUGGUUCUACCAGUGUUGGAGUCAAUGCUAUUCAGCUCGCCGCUGCUGCCGGCUACGAAGUCUUCACCACUGCCUCUCCCAAGAACCACGAAUACCUCAAACGCCUCGGUGCCAGCCAGGUCUUUGACUACAAGAGCCCCGGUGUUGCUCAGGAUAUGAUCAAAGCCAUGAAAGGCAAGACUGCUGCCGGUGCUUUGUCCAUUGGACAAGGCGCAGCUGAGAAGCUCAUGGAGAUCCUUGACCACUGCCAAGGCAACAAAUUCGUCGCUUUGGCCACUUUCCCUGUUCCUCAGAAGGAACCCACGAAUCUGAUCUUCCUCCGCACCGUUGUCUUUUUCGUGUCCUGGAUCAUCUCCUACAAGGUCAAGGGUAUGAUCAAGGGUAUCAAGUCCAACAUGCUCAACGCUGGUAUGAUCACUAACAGCGAAGUUGGCCGUGGUAUCUUUGUGGAUUACCUUCCCAAGGCUCUUGCCGCUGGUACCUUCACUCCCGCUCCCAAGCCUGAGGUUGUAGGCACCGGCCUCGAGCAUGUCCAGGAGGCUUUCAACAUCCAAAAGAAAGGAGUUUCUGCCAGCAAAAUUGUUGUCAAACUUUAG